AGAGAGAGAGAGAGAGCACUUAAUACAAUCAUCGCCAAUGCUUUCUCUCUGGGGCCAGAGAUACAGAGUAGGAAAAGGAGGAGAGAUACAGGAAGAAGGAGGCGAUAAAGAGAAAGAGAAACCGAGAAAGGACGAAAUCCGCGAGGCUUCCACCACGUGUCCCUCGUUCCUCUCGAUUGUACACGCUAUGUCGCCGCGCAACGGUUCUUGCGUGGCGGAAGUGAGCUCCGUGAGGAGCCUCUCAUCGGACGAUGUUUCGGCCAAGGCGAACCGGAAGAAGUCGUGUUGGGCCCGCGCGACCGACCCGGCGCAUCGUCGCGGUCGGCGGAUCCAGCUGCUGCAGAUGCUGGUGCUGCCCUUCAUACCGAUCCUCGCCCUGAUCGUGCAAACCGCCAACACUCUCCAUGACAUCCUGAUCUACCGCCAGGAGGUGUCUGACAUAGAGACGCAGGUGACGAUAGCGACGGAUCUGGGCAAAAUGGUUACCAGGAUGCAGCUGGAGAGAUCCGAAGUGGCCUUCUUCAUCUACACCAAUGGCAACACUUUGAGGUCGAACUUGACGCAGAGAUUCGCCAUAACCGACCAGGAUCUCCACAACAUGAGCACGUGGCCGUUGGUGUCUGUGCCCAGGGACGAGAGCAAGACGCAAAAAUACGACGUGGUGAGCAAGGAGGCCUUCCAAGCACGCCUGGAGGACUUCAGGCAGAAAAUAAGCUCGGAGAGCAGCAUCACCGAGGUGAUGACGUGGUACACGAACGUGAACGCCGCUAUGCUGGACCACCUGACUAAUCAGAUCAAGGAGACGGACAACAGCGGGGUGUGGAGGUAUCUGAUAGCCUUCAAGAAUCUUUUGCGGAGCAUCGAGAGCCUCGGUAUCGCCUCCGUCGAGGGAAUCAAUUACUUCGGCCGAGGUAUUCUUCUCGGGGAUAACUACAUUAGUUACGUCCGCCACGAGGCACUGGGCCGCGACCUCUUGAAUGCCGCCCUGACGUACGUGCCAUCCCUGAAGAAGUUUUACAACGAAAUCACGCGCACCAUGCCCGAUUACGGCAAGAUCAAGGCAAGGCGGGACGAGAUCCUGCGGAAUCAAAAGAGGGAGCCGAGCGUGGAGGAUGCAAUCACUUACUUCGACUCGAUGGCCACUUACAUCGACGAGCUGCGUAAGCUGCAGCGGGAAUUGCGUCACAUGAUAAGGGAUUACGUCAAUUCGACGUUACAAGAUGCGAGCAACAAGGAAGUCGCAGGGAUCGCUAUUGUCGUUCUGGUGUUGGUGGUAUCCCCCAUCAUUAUCAUACUGAUGCGCAACGCCGUCGCCACCAUUCAGAUGUACGCCGCGAAUUUGUCUCAAAAGGCACGCGAACUCAAACGUGAGAAGAGAAAAAGCGACACUUUGCUUUUCCAAAUGCUUCCACCUAGCGUUGCCCAGCAACUCAAGCAGACUCAACAGGUACCAGCGGAGUAUUACGAGGCGGUGACUGUCUACUUCAGCGACAUAGUCGGUUUCACGGAGAUCGCCGCGGAAAACACACCUCUCGAGGUGGUGACGUUCCUCAACUCGAUCUACAAGCUGUUCGACGCGCGAAUCGAGUGUUACGACGUCUACAAGGUGGAGACCAUCGGGGAUUCUUACAUGGUCGCUUCUGGUCUACCUGUUAGAAAUGGUAAAAGUGACAAGCACGUGUCCGAGAUCGCGACCAUGGCGUUAGAUCUGCUGGCGGCAUCGUCCGUGUUCCAGGUGCCCAAACGCCCUGGCGAACGGCUGCAGAUACGAAGCGGGGCCCACACCGGUCCCGUCGUGGCCGGUAUCGUCGGCAGCAAGAUGCCUCGUUAUUGCCUCUUCGGCGACACCGUGAACACCGCGAGUCGCAUGGAAUCGACCGGUGAAGCUUUACGGAUUCACAUCAGCUUGGAAAUGAAGAAGGCGCUCGACGCGGUGGGCGGUUUCAAAAUCGAGCACCGUGGUCUCGUUGACGUGAAAGGCAAGGGCCUCAUGGACACUUACUGGUUGGAAUGCAAGGACGGCGGUAUCGCGCGCGCUGCCGAGCUCGAUCUGCCAUCAUUCUUCGAAGACGUGCGACCGGUCUUCAUGCGGCGCCUUCGCGAAGAGGGCACUCUCUGAUGCGAGCCGUAUUCC